AUGGGUGUCUCGAGCUCCGUGCCAUGUGACUGCUCUCGGGGCGUUUCGCGGCUGUUGGCAAGCGGAUCUUCAACUGGAGCAUGCACUCUCCGGAUCAUCCAGAUCACGGACGUCUACGUCCUAGACAACUUCCCUAGCCUGCGAACCUUAAUCAAAGAGAAGUCCCUUGAGUUGCAAAGGAAAUGUGGUGGGCAAACCAUCAGCAUGCUGACCGGAGACUUCCUAGCACCAUAUCUGCUCUCAUCCAUUGACAUGGGCGUGGGCAUGAUGAAGAUGCUCAAUGGCACACCCAUCGAUUAUUUGACAUGGGGCAACCACGAGGAUGACAUUCCUCACAAGGAAGUGCUGAAACGAGAACGAGAGUUCACAGGGACAUGGAUCAACACCAAUAUGCAGACGCAUGAGUCCUUCGCAAAAUCCACGUGCCAAGUGGAUGAGGAAGUGCUCUCCAUUACGUCAUUGGAUGGAAGCAACAAGCGGCGGGUUGGCAUGAUUGGCGUGCUGAGCAAUUCGCCCAGCCUCUACCGUCCAGGGGCCUUUGGCGGAGCCAAGAUCGAAGACCCUUGGGAGGUCAUGGCUACUUACAAAAGGAAGCUUGAGCAGGAGGAGGGCUGCGAUGUUGUCAUUCCACUCUGCCACCUUUACGAGCCCCAGGACGAACGUACCUGCCGGGACUUUGAUUUCCCUGUGAUCUUGAGUGGCCAUGACCAUCACGUGGUGGAUCGGCUGGUCGAAGGCACUCGGCUCCUGAAGCCGGGUCAGGAUGGAAUCAAGGCCGUGAUCCUUGACAUCUCUUGGCCAAGUGCCUCCAGCACCUCGCCAGCUAUUGAGUACGAGAUCGUCAAUGUGGCUGACUGGCCGCCCGAUGAGGCCUUGAAGCGCGUAGCGGAAGAGGCCUACAAAGUUCUGGAUCCUCUGAGGAGAACCGAAUUGGCCCAGGUGCCGAGCACUUAUCGCCCCUUGACCUCUGUCCAGGCAAGAGGCCAGCGAGUAUCCAUGGGGACAUAUUUGCUCUCGCGGAUACGCGAUGCCCUGAACAUGGACAUGCCCUUGGGUGAGAGAGACUUGGACCGGUGCAGCGACAAAAGGGGCAAUGUGGUGAUGCGGGAUUCGCAGAGAUAUGUCGAUUGUGCCUUGCUCAAGGGCGGGAACAUCCGGGGCGGAAGGGAGUACCAAGAGGACGAGCACAUAAAUUUGGAGGUCCUUCAGACUGAGAUCGAGGAGGCGAAGCAGAUCCUGGUGAUCCCGAUUCCGGGCUCUGUCUUGAGGGUGGGCCUGCGGGAGACCUUCGGUGCCCCGAAUCCAGGGUGGAUGCAGUACGAUGAUGGGGUCGAGCUGGAUGCAGAUGGCUAUGUGACCCACAUAGCCAAGGAAGUGCUGGAGGAGACAAGGAUCUACAAGGUGGCGAGCAUCGUAGAUUUCUGGCGCAAGCGCGACGCGCCCAGCAUUGGCCAGUAUUUUGAAGACCAUCCGGAAAAGUUGCCCGAGCCGGACUCGGGAAGGCCUGUGCACUCACUGCUCCUGACCUUUUUCGCAAUGCAGCUCUGGACCCGAAUAUGGAAGCUCGGUCCGAAGGAGCUGGGGCUGAGCAGCGGGGAGGAGUCCAUCGAGCCCGAGGCCUUCAAAGCCCUGGACGCCGAUGGCGACGGCGUGGUCUCCAAGGAGGACCUCAAGAAAAAGCUCCAGCAGGUCAGCGGCUUCGAGCAUGUUUUCGAGGGCAUGGACGUGCUUGUGGAUAACAUGCUGGGGGAGAUCGCCAAGUUCGGCGGCAAGGACCCGGGCUGA